AUGAAAAUUGAAAAACAGCAUAAAUAAUUGGUGAAAGAAAUGUGGUCCACUAGUAUUGGUUGAUUGGUAGGCCUUAGUGUGUGUUGUUAAUUAUUAAUGUCUUAGUCCACUUUUUUUAGGAUGGAUUGAGCUUACUUUUGAGUGAUUUGAUUGUUAAUUAUUGAUUUAGUAUGGUUUCGUGUCGAGCUUUUGCCUGAUGCCGUAGUUUGUUGGCAUAAAAGGAAAGUAGUUGAGGAAUUUGGUGAUUGUACUAUUCAAGGAAAAAUAUGGCUAGUUUGGAGGAUAUUGGUGUUGCUGCCGGAAUUAAUGGUUUAUCUGCCUUGGUAUUUCUUCUGGCAUAUUCAAUCUUAAGGCUUCAACCAAUUAACGAUAGAGUAUACUUUCCAAAAUGGUACUUAAAGGGUAUAAGAGCCAGCCCAGUCAGUUCAGGGUCAGUGACGAAAAUUGUGAAUUUAGAUCCCAGAAUGUACCUGAGGUUCUGGAACUGGAUGCCUGCUGCCUUACAAAUGCCUGAACCAGAGCUUAUAGAUCAUGCAGGUCUUGAUUCUGCUGUAUAUAUUAGGAUUUACCUUCUUGGCUUGAAGAUCUUUAUUCCCAUAACUGCACUUGCUUUUGUGGUUUUGGUGCCUGUAAAUUGGACCAAUGAAUAUCUUGCGAAACUCAAAGAUGUAACAUCUAGUGAUAUUGACAAGCUUUCAAUAUCUAAUGUUCCUCCUGGAUCCUCGAGGUUUUGGGCACAUAUAGUAAUGGCUUAUGUCUUCUCUUUCUGGACUUGGUAUAAACUUUACAUGGAAUACAAGAUCGUAACUAAAAUGAGAUUGCAAUUUCUAGCCUCUGAAAGUCGCCGUCCAGAUCAAUAUACAGUCCUUGUGAAAAAUGUCCCUGCGGAUCCUGAUGAAUCAGUUAGUGAGCAUGUUGAUCACUUCUUUUGCGUUAAUCAUUCUGAUCAUUACCUUACUCACCAGAUAGUGUACAACGCAAACCGUCUUGCUACUUUGGUGGAAAAUAAGAAGAGUUUGCAUAAUUGGCUUACUUAUUACCAGAACAAAUACGAGAGAAAUCCUUCAGCGAAACCAACUGUCAAGACAGGUUUUUGGGGUCUUUGGGGACAGAGAGUAGAUGCAAUUGACUACUAUGCAACUGAAAUAGAAAAGCUGACUGAAGAAGAAGAAGCAGAAAGAGAUAAGAUUACAAGGGACCCGAAAGCAGUGAUUCCGUCUGCGUUUGUUUCAUUUAAGUCGAGAUGGGGAGCCGCUGUUUGUGCUCAAACCCAGCAAUCAAGUAAUCCUACCAUUUGGUUGACUGAAUGGGCUCCUGAGCCACGUGAUGUUUAUUGGAGAAAUUUAGCCAUACCAUACGUUGAACUCAGUCUUAGAAGGCUGCUCAUAGCUGUUGCUCUCUUUUUUCUUGUGUUUUUCUUUAUGAUACCUAUAGCUAUCGUCCAGUCUUUUGCCAACAUUGAGGGAAUAGAGAAAGUCCUUCCUUUCUUGAAGCCAGUAAUAGAAGCAAAAACCAUCAAGUCUUUUAUUCAAGGGUUUCUUCCAGGCAUUGCACUAAAGAUAUUUCUCAUUCUUCUUCCAACAUUACUCAUGAUCAUGUCUAAAAUAGAAGGAUAUACGUCUCUUUCAGCUUUAGAGAGAAAAUCCGCUUCCAAAUAUCACAAGUUUAUACUAGUUAACGUCUUUCUUGGAAGCAUUGUUACAGGAACUGCAUUGCAGCAACUUCACGACUUUUUGCAUCAGUCUCCAGCACAGAUACCAAAAACUGUUGGUGUGUCCAUUCCAAUGAAAGCCACUUUCUUUAUAUCAUAUGUAAUGGUUGAUGGUUGGUCUGGAAUUGCUGCGGAGAUCCUCAGAUUAGUUCCCUUUGUUAUUUUCCACUUGAAAAAUUCAUUUCUGGUGAAGACAGAAAAGGACAGGGAACAGGCGAUGGAUCCUGGUUCAUUGGCCUUUUCUAUUACAGAACCUCGCCUUCAGUUAUAUUUUCUGCUGGGGCUUGUGUACGCACCGGUCUCUCCUAUACUGCUUCCCUUCAUUAUUGUCUUCUUUGCCUUCGCCUAUGUGGUUUUUCGCCAUCAGGUCAUCAAUGUCUACGAUCAAAAAUACGAGAGUGGGGCCUCAUUUUGGCCAGAUGUGCAUCGUCGCAUAUUAAUUGGUCAGGUUAUAUCACAGCUUCUGCUUCUGGGAUUACUGAGCACAAAGGAGGCAGCCCAAACGACGCCUUUUUUGAUUGCACUCCCUCUCCUAACAAUCUGGUUCCAUCUAUUCUGCAAGGGACGCUUCGAAUCAGCAUUCUUAAGACUCCCAUUACAAAAUGCAGUAAUCAAGGAUACACUAGAGAGGGCCACAGAACCAGAACUAAACUUAAAAGUGUAUCUCGAAGAUGCAUAUAUUCACCCGAUCUUCAAAUGUGGUGAGUAUCGGAGACCAAUCAUAGACGAAGAGAGCGACCCCGUGAUCGUUGCAACCAAGAGGAAUUCACGAAAGGGUAGUAAAACUGGUUCCAGUGAAAGCAGUCUCAAAUUAUCUUCUACUAGAUGAUGGUUUAUGACAACAAUAUAUUACUUGCCCACCUUGUACACUUCCACAGUUGCACAUACUACUCUAGCUUAUGUAUACCGAAAAUUUAUUGUCAAUAGUAGGAAAUAGAAUAGGAGCUGAAUCACAUCUUACGUUGGGUUCGACAAUUUUUGCGGAAUUAUUAAAGUGAUAUGUUAGCAGAUUUUCUCCUUA